CUAUUGAGAGGAGGACCCACGCAACAUCCUCGAUGGAGUAUUGCGUGCGACAGCUGACCCAAUCGCAGUCACUCAAGGUGGUAUGAUUUCCUGCCUCGAAUGACUGUAUGCGAAACCCUCACCUUGGCAUUCGGUUCCGGCAAGCGGAUUCAUAAUACCGAUGCAGUGUGAUCAGCGUUCUCACGGCGAGCGAUUGUGCUGCCACAAAGUCUCAGACAAUGUCAGCCCUACUUCCGUUACGGUGCCAUGGCAGGGUGCUCAUGACCACCCCUCCUGCGGCGCGAACGGACAAUAUCCGCACCGCUAUAAACCCGACGUUCUCGGAUACCGGCCACACAGGUCCCUGCAGUGGACGAUCGCAAGUACAUGUGAGGCCCAGUUCCAACGCUUCACGGUGAGACGGGGCCGGUCGGUUUUCGCUCCGCCGUGGAGAGUGAGGGAUUAUGAUUACCAAGGUCUUGUAUACUGCUGCCCAGGCGAACGUUUGCGAGACCGACGCGCAUGUCAUGCACGCCCAACUUUAUUCGCUCCCUGUUCGUCUAUCGGCCGCGUAUGCAAGCCAGCCCUUCGUCCGCCUUCGCAUAGAAGCUUUGCGCCGCGGAAGUGGAUUGCGAGCAUCUUGCGACUGACGGUUCGCGCCUUAUCCACUCUCGAUAACAGAAGGUUCUGCCGCAAAGGGGAAAGCUUAUGCUGACACAUGCCUUACGAGUGACAGUCAGCUGCAUUCGCUCCUCCUCCACGGCAUUGGACCUUGAGAAGCUUGUCAUGUAGUAUUAGGCCAUACUAUCACAAAGCCAAUCCAACUAUGAUACCACCUCACCAAGCC